UCCUGUCAGUUGUCAAACAGAUUUAAACUAAAGGUCACCUUGAUAAAGUUCACCUUCUGCGGCAUUCAAACAUAAAGAUUAACAAGAAUUUGUUAGAAAAUUUAAAUAUUACUUAUAAAGUGUUUUGGUGAUCUAAAUAUCAAGAAAAAUGGAUGGAUCAUCCACUCAGAGAUUUAUUGAGCGAGGCUCUCAUAAAGGGAAGGGUCUUGCAGUUUUUACAAGCGGUGGCGAUUCACAGGGAAUGAAUGCUGCUGUACGUUCUGUUGUGCGAAUGGGCAUCUAUUUAGGAUGUAAAGUAUAUUUUAUUCGUGAGGGUUAUCAGGGUAUGGUUGACGGUGGAGACAACAUUGAAGAAGCUAAUUGGUCGUCAGUUAGCUCAAUUAUUCAUAAAGGUGGCACCAUCAUUGGAUCUGCUAGAUGUAUGGAUUUCAUAAAACGGGAGGGACGUCUUACUGCUGCUUACAACUUAGUUACAAGAGGUAUUACUAAUUUGGUAGUAAUUGGAGGUGAUGGUUCACUUACUGGGGCCAAUCUUUUCCGACAAGAGUGGUCCAGCUUGCUUGAUGAAUUGCUACAAAAUAAUCGAAUCACUAAAGAUCAAAGAGAAAAAUAUAAGUACUUACAUAUUGCGGGAAUGGUCGGUUCAAUCGAUAAUGAUUUCUGUGGGACAGACAUGACAAUUGGUACAGAUUCAGCAUUGCAUCGUAUUAUUGAAGCUAUAGAUGCAAUUGUCAGUACUGCAUAUUCUCAUCAAAGAACAUUUAUUAUGGAAGUCAUGGGCAGACAUUGUGGUUAUCUGGCAUUAGUGGCCGCUCUGGCAAGUGAAGCUGACCAAGUUUUCAUUCCUGAAGACCCUGUUCCCAAUAAUUGGGUUGAAAAACUAUGCAAACGUUUGCAACAGGAACGUAAGUCUGGUCAACGUUUGAACAUUAUUAUCGUCGCGGAGGGGGCGAUUGACCGUGAAGGUAAGCCGAUCACUGCAGAGCUAGUGAAGAAGGUGGUAGUUGAAAACCUUCAGCAGGACACCCGUAUCACGGUCCUUGGUCAUGUGCAGCGUGGAGGAUCACCUUCUGCUUUUGAUAGAAUUUUGGGCUGUCGAAUGGGGGCCGAAGCUGUAAUGGCUCUAAUGGAAGCUACACCUGAAACAGAGUCGUGUGUGGUAACUUUAGAUGGAAACCAGGCAGUACGACUGCCGCUUAUGGAGUGUGUGCGUCGUACUAAGGCGGUCGCACAAGCUAUGGCAGACAAAAAUUGGGACCUCGCAGUGCAACUGCGCGGGCGCAGCUUUGCUAGAAACUUAGAAACUUACAAGAUGUUAACUCGUCUUAAGCCUCCUAAGGAAGCUUUCGAUGAAUCUGGAAAACCUGCAGAGGGGCUGACGCUGGCCGUGAUGCACGUGGGCGCGCCGGCGUGCGGCAUGAACGCGGCCGUGCGCUCGUUCGUGCGGAACUGCAUCUACCGCGGGGACACCGUGCUCGGCAUCCACGACGGCGUCGAGGGGUUCAUCAGCGGGAACAUCGUCAAGAUGGACUGGUCAGACGUGACUGGUUGGGUGGGUCAAGGCGGUGCGUUCUUAGGAACCAAGCGAACUCUCCCAGGGGAUAAGAAGAGCGAAAUCGCAGCACGCAUCAAACAGUUCAACAUCCAGGGACUACUUAUCAUUGGAGGAUUUGAGGCGUACCAAGCAGGGCUUGAACUGUACGAAUCACGCGCCCAGUUCCCAGAAUUUUGCAUUCCUCUAGUAGUAGUUCCAGCUACGAUCAGUAACAAUGUACCCGGGACAGACUUCUCCCUGGGUGCGGACACCGCGCUUAACGAAAUCACUGAGAUCUGUGACCGCAUCCGACAGUCGGCUCAGGGUACUAAGCGUCGCGUGUUCGUUGUUGAGACUAUGGGUGGAUAUUGCGGUUAUCUAGCAACUUUGGCAGGUUUGGCCGGAGGUGCUGACGCUGCCUAUAUUUAUGAAGAGAAAUUCUCCAUUAAGGACUUACAACAGGAUGUAUAUCAUAUAGCUUCAAAAAUGACAGGUGGUAUCCAGCGAGGACUUAUCCUUCGUAAUGAGAAAGCCAAUGACAACUACAACACAGAUUUCAUAUAUCGUCUAUAUUCUGAAGAAGGCAAGGGUCUCUUUACAGCAAGAAUGAAUGUUCUUGGUCAUAUGCAACAAGGCGGCUCCCCAACGCCAUUCGACCGGAACAUGGGAACUAAAACAGCCGCCAAGUGCUUGCACUGGCUCGUCGAGAAUAUUCAAAAAGGCUCAGCAAAUGGUCCGGAUUCCGCCUGUCUUCUUGGCGUCGUCAAGAGACAAUACAAAUUCACACCACUUGAAGAACUAAAAUCUCAAACUAACUUUGCCCAAAGAAUACCCAAGCAGCAAUGGUGGAUGAAACUUCGUCCUCUUCUGCGUAUUCUAGCCAAGCACGAUUCCACAUAUGAAGAAGAGGGCAUGUACAUGACAGUGGAACAAGGAGAGAUGGACUCGGAACAUGUUAUUUAAUUCCCUUAACUUGUUGCGUGAUUACUAUAUUUUAAUGUUGCCAUGCUUAAAUGUAAAAGCUGCUAGAAUAUUAGUGAACUUUUUAAGAUGAAGUAUUCAUAAAUACAUUAUAUUAGUAUUCUGAAAAAGUAGUUCUCUAAAUUAUUUUUAUUGAGUAGUGAAUAAAAUGUAUUUAUUAUUAGUAUAUAAUUAAAACUCGUAAGUUAUGUUAUUUUAAUGGGGCUGUGCAAACUGAUUUUAUAUAUUUUCAUAUUUUGAGAUUAUACUGAUUUUUAGAGAUUUAUCAGACUUGAGAUAUAUUUAAAUUAAGUGAAAGUAUAGUUAUUACUUUUUGACAAAAAUGACUUAAAGAAAUUUGACUAUUUCUAAUUUAUUUAGUUAAACAAAUUUAUUUAAUUGGAAUGUUAUGACCACAAUUAUUCUAGACUCAUAGUAUUUUAUUACGGU